AUGACUUCCACCAUGCUGGAACCUUUCGAUACCCAGAUGAUGCUGGACUACCCUACAGACAUCGACGUUCAGAUGCAAUCCGUGAUGUGGAUGCAAUAUGAAUCCAGCAUGGAUACAGAUGCCCAUUUUGACCCAGAUCAGUCGCUUGCCGACGCCGAUUUCGACGUCGAAGUGGAUAUGGACUCGUACAAUCAACCUCCACAUAACCCUGAGUACGAGAUGGUUGACGAUGGUGCAGGUAUCGAGCAGGAAUUCAUGGUUGAUGUGGAGGUCUUGGAUGAGUUCCCUCCGGACCAAAAUACAGAGUUGGAACGCCAUGACAUUCAGUCACCCCCGCUCCCUAUUGCGGAUUUUGAGCUAGGUCUUCCAGCAGAUCAUACUCCCAUUGAGCUUCCUUCGGAGAGCCAUCCAUCUUUUCAUGCUACCCCUUCUCAAGGAUCCGAUUCACUCCUCCCUAUUCAUUCUGAAACGUCGCAGCUGACUCAGGACAUUGCUAUCUCGUCUUUUGAGCAGUCCACAGAGCCGUUAUCAGAGAAUGCCCCAGUGAACCAUCUGCCGAUUGAUGGUACUUCAGAUGCAGCCCCCAUCGAUACGUUAUCCGCCGCGCCCUUGGAGCCUCUGGAGGAGGAUCUGCUUUCCCAUGAGAAUCAUGAAACUACUGUCGAGGUCACCUCAGGGGAAGUAAUAGAGCCGUUGGGUGAGAACCAUCAAUCCCUUGAAGAUGGAACGGUUGUCAGGGUCGAAGCGAAUGCCCACGAGGUUGCAGCGACAACUGACGAGGCCGCUGUUGUCGAAGCAGAAGCCGUGUUUGUGUCUGGCCCCGCAGAUGUGGAAGUGGUCUCUGACCCACACGCUGAUGACCUGCCCAAGGAUCCUCAUGAAAUUUCGGACGGGGUGUAUAUCGAGCCGCCCCCAGCUGUGCUACUUUCUUUUCCAGACUUUGAUCAUUCUGACGUUUGCUUGUUCAAUCAGCCAAGCUUUGCAUCUUCAUCUUCUCAACCAGGACAGCAGGAGUAUUCUUUACUGCUGGAGCACCAUCCUACUCUGUACUAUGAGUCUCUGUCGGCCGUGUUUGGUGCUCUUCGGGAAGACGAAUACCUUUCUAGCGCCGUUGAUCUAUCUACAGCAGAGCUUGUUCUAGAUGCGCAUGACUUGCAGCUAGUGAUUUCUGAAGACAAUAAAUACGCUAGUGAGGUAACUCUCCAUGAACUGAACAUAAUUCAUGAUGCCUCCGAUAUUUCGGGACCGCUACGUCUACGGCUGCAUACUGUCUCCCCACGAUUCGUUCUUCGGUAUCGCCAACUCCAAGAUCAUGUGGCACGCCUCCAACUGGAAUCAGAUGAGGUGUUCUAUACAACCGACGAAGAGAAUAAGAAGAACCAAUUUGAAGAAUCACAUGACGCCAACGAGGAAUCGGUACAGGAACAACGAUACGAAGAAAAUGUAGAACAACUUGAAGUCGCCGAACAAGAUCAAGAACAUACAUCAGGCGCUGAAGGUGAAGAGGAUGGUGAACAAUAUCUAGAAGAAGCGCCCGUCGAGCCAUCGGUUCAACCCGAAAGCAUUAAGGAGUUGGAGGAGCAACCAGAGGAUCAGGUUGAUGACCAGCACAGCGAACAAAAAUGUGAUGAAGGCCAAUCGGCAGCAGACGAGCCAGCGGCCGCAACGCACAACGAAUAUGAGGAUGAUGCUGACGGAGACUACGACUAUGGGGCUCCAGAAGAAGAGGAUUUUGCUGCGGAUUCAGUUCAGGAAACCUUAUCGAGGCUGGUCACACCCCGUCCUUUUGAAGUUACAUUGCCGCCUGAAAGUAAGGACGAAGAGCAUAUAGGUAAAGAUGAUCAUUCGCAUACAGUAGCAGACACGUCGGGUACAACCGCUGUUACUGACAUCGACACCUCUGAGAAUGACGCGCCGUCGUCUGAGCUUGAUAAGGAAUAUGCUAACUCUGAAGAUCAUCAAUUGCUAACGACGACCGACGAUCCUAAGAACAGAAGUACAGCAGACUCCCGUGUUCACGUACAAGAAGAAAAUUACGACGAUUUAAACAAUGAAGAGUGGGGGGAUGCCGACGCUGAAGGUGACCCUGACACUACCUGGGAAGAACUCGACCCCGAAGCCGAAACCGCUUCCAAUAAGAGCUCCGUUACGCUUGCCAGCCGGAGUUCGAAGCGAUCCAUUGACGAAGUUGAGGAUGCUGACGGCGGCGACCUGGAAAAUCCUUCGUCGCGACAUAGCUCUCCAGGUUCCAAACGAGUCCGUGUGGAUUGAGCAUCGACAUCUUGUCGCCAUGCUGUUUCUGGCGCUCGCCGCCUCGUUGAAAAUGUUACAGGGAUAUCUACCAAGAUGUCUCUGGGCUCAGGGGGUUGCGGUCCGUUGCUAUGCCAUUUCCCACCUAGGCGCUUUUCACACUGGCCAAUACUCACUACAUGAGGCUAAGUGAUUUGUUUUUUUCUGACUGUCCAACAGCGUAGUAUUUGUUUCUUUUUUUUUCAUUCGUUUUGCUAACUCCAUAGGCUAUCAUUCUGUAAGAGGCUCUGGCUGGAUGGGAAGACGCGGAGACGGAGGCAAAUCCUUU